AUAAGAAGCAAACAAAUUCUUAAACGUUCCAGAAAUUCUGUGGAUAUAUUAUACACAUGACGUGUAUAAAAAUAUCUAAUUAAUUCCUUCUGUGCUUUUGAAUUGACAGCUGUUUUGUAUAUCUUGAAAGUGUCGUUGUGGAUUAUUACGUUAUUGUCAGGCAAAGAUGGCUGACGAGGAUCCGGUAAAAUCUUCUAGUUCUUCGGUUAAAAAGGAAGAAAAUGAGCCUCAAGGGGAUGUUAAGAAAAUAUCGGUAACAGUUAAGACGCCCAAAGAGAAAGAAGUCGUAGAAGUUGCCGAAAAUGCUUCAGUUAAAGAGUUUAAGGAUAUCGUUGCACCAAAGUUCAAUUCAGAGCCUGAUCAAUUGUGCCUCAUAUUUGCCGGUAAAAUAAUGAAGGAUGGUGAUACUUUGACCCAACACAAUAUAAAGGAUGGGCUCACAAUCCACUUGGUUAUUCGAGCCAAACCCAAAGCUAACGAGUCCGGCCCAUCUAGACCACCAGCUGAUGUAAAUGCAACUCCAUUUGGCCUUGGACCUCUUGGAGGUCUCAUUGGAUUAGAAUCAAUGGGAGUUAACUCUAGUAACUUUAUGGAACUCCAAAAUAGGAUGCAAACGGAAUUAUUCAGUAAUCCAGAUAUGUUUAGACAGAUGUUAGAUAAUCCUCUUGUACAAACAUUAAUGAAUGAUCCGGAAAACAUGAGAUCUUUGAUAACAAGCAAUCCUCAGAUGCAGGAGCUGAUGGAACGCAAUCCAGAGAUCAAUCAUAUGAUGAAUAAUCCCGAGUUGUUGCGUCAAACUAUGGAAUUGGCUAGAAACCCCUCUAUGCUUCAAGAGUUAAUGAGAAGCCAUGAUCGGGCAAUUAGUAACUUGGAAAGCAUCCCUGGGGGCUACAGUGCUCUGCAAAGGAUGUAUAGGGAUAUUCAAGAACCAAUGUUAAAUGCUACAGCUGAGCAAUUCAUCAGGAACCCCUUCUCAGGUUUAGCAGACAAUAAUGCUACUGGCGCAAAUCCACAACAAGGCUCUGAAAACCGCGAACCUCUACCAAACCCAUGGGGAGGUGGUAGUGGAGGAAGAAGUCCAAAUUCUACAUCUCCAACAACCCCUAGACCAGGGGUAAUGAACACCCCACAGAUGUCUAGUUUGCUCCAACAAAUGUCAGAGAAUCCUCAAUUAGUUCAGAGCAUGUUUAAUGCUCCAUAUACGCGUUCCAUCAUUGAAGCAAUGCAAGCUGAUCCAAAUAUGGCUAGCAGCUUUCUAGCGGAUAAUCCCUUGAUAUCGAGGAACCCUGCACUUCAGGAACAAAUGCGACAAUAUAUGCCUCAGUUCCUGCAACAGCUUCAGAAUCCGGAAAUGCAAAAUUUGAUGACUAAUCCGCAAGCAAUUAACGCAAUAAUGCAGAUCCAACAAGGCAUGGAAUCAUUGAGGCAAGCUGCCCCCAGCUUAGUUAAUACAUUUGGCAUUCCACAACCACCAAGUGCUUCUACAACAACCACAAACACCACUGGCUGUACUACAACACCAGCAACUACUACAACGCCAUCUACAAACACCACAACUACUGCUCCGUCUCAGCCUACUGAUACAUUUUCUGAGUUUAUGUCGAGAAUGGUGGCAGGCAUGACAGCUGGAAAUAACCCAAAUCUACCCCCAGAACAGAGAUAUCAGCAGCAGCUAGAACAGCUUACCUCAAUGGGUUUCCUCAAUCGCGAGGCUAACCUACAAGCUUUGAUAGCCACAUUUGGUGACAUCAAUGCCGCUGUUGAACGACUGCUGGCCUUAGGACAGUUGUCCAUGAGCUAACCUAUUUGAAGCAAUUGUUUGUAAACGUGUAUUAUUUGACUUCUCUUUCUUGUAAGUUAUUUGUUCAAAGUUUUGGGUUAAUAUGAGAUGAUAUAAACUCGGUUCAUGGCUAUUAGCGAUGAAUUCUCAAAUUAUGACCAGGAAUUUGAUUUCGUCCAAUGGUUUUAAAUUUAUUGAAUUGUUUCUUCGACUCGGAUGAAGGGCAUUAUAUAGACUGUUCUGGGAAUUCAUAGCUUGAUAGUUUAAAAAAAAACUUAUUUAGGCCUUUCAUUUGUAACUUUUAAUGUUCUAAGAAAUAAAAGGAAAAAUAUGAGAUUUUUAGUUUUGUUUCGCAUAUUGAAUUUUUUCUGUACCGAAGGCGCAAUAUAUUCUAAUGUCUUCAUGGUGAAAAAGGCAUAUUUGAUACCUAGACGUUCUGGUUGGACUUAAAUGCUGAAUGAGCUUUCUGAGUUAGGAUCGUCACUCAGCAUGAAUAUAAACUUAAUAAACAUUCUGUUUAUAUAUUAUUAUGUUCUGUUGUUCUGAUUUAAUAAACAGUUCUGAUAAUUC